UGUAUGCAUAACGUACAGUGCCGAUCUCGAGUCUUUAACGAUGAAACAAAAUUUUAUUUCACCAAAGUAUUUUUUAUUUUUAUCCACCACGGUCUCUUUUACAAUUAUCAGUCGCUAAGGCUAGGAGAUUAUUUUAUCAUUUGUCAUUGUUUGAUAAUCUCAUAGUAAUCUGGCUGUUGCGAUUAUCGGUGUUAUACACUUGAAAAAGUAUACUUACUUGUGGAGUACAGUAACGAGUGACUUGUGAUUUGAGAAGCAGUGAUUGCUGUGUCAGGUUGUUCGCAUAUAAUAAGUAUACUUACUUACUUAUCAGAGCCUUGUAUGCUGUUUGGUGACCUGCUUUAGUGAGUUUACAUUCGACGUUCAUAAAAUUUUUAGUAAAAACGUUGUCACAAUGGAGCAAGGGCCGUGCCACUUUGCCAGAGGCGUGCACACCAUGAAGGUGCCAAUGUCGCUGUUCGCGGAUAACCGCAGGAGGCUAAUCAAUAGGUUGCGAGAAAAACCGGAGGUCGCGGAGGUGGCUGGCUCGUUUGUACUGCUGCAGGGCGGCGUUGACGUACCUUUCAACGACACUGACGUCAACUGGCCGUUCCGACAGGAGUCCUUUUUCCAGUGGUGCUUCGGCGUCGAGGAGCCCGACUGUUACGGGGCUUUGGAUCUCGACAGCGGGGCUGCCAUUCUUUUUUUCCCGCGGCUGCCCGACGAGUACGCCACUUGGAUGGGACGACUAUUCAGCCUUGAGGAAUUGCGCCAGCGAUAUUCCGUCGACGAGGCUUACUACGUUGACGAGAUUCUCGACGUAUUCUCUAGAAAGGAAGCCUAUCGGUUUCUUACAUUGCAUGGGGUAAACAGUGAUAGCGGCCUUACGAGCAAGGAGGCGACAUUUACCGGUAUCGACAAGUUCAAAGUCAAUAAUGAAAUACUUUAUCCGGAGAUAUGUGAAUGUCGAGUCAUAAAGUCCGAGUCGGAAGUGGAGGUAAUGCGAUACGUGGUGAAGAUCAGCUCCGAGGCGCACAAGGCCGUGAUGAAGAUGGUCCGGCCGGGGGUGGCCGAAUUCCAGGCCGAGGCAGAAUUCAUGCGCUACGUUUACUCCGAGGGCGGCUGCAGGCACGUCUCCUACACUUGCAUCUGCGGAUCCGGGUGCAACGGCGCCAUCCUGCACUACGGCCACGCCGGUGCCCCCAACAACAAGAUCAUCCGGGACGGUGACAUGUGCCUCUUCGACAUGGGCGGCAAUUACUGUGGCUACGCGGCGGACAUAACUUGCAGCUUCCCGGCCAACGGCAAGUUCACCGAGGAUCAGAAGAUUGUCUACAACGCGGUGCUGGAGGCACGCGAUGCCGUGAUCGCGGCGGCAAAGCCUGGGGUGCUCUGGACGGAGAUGCACCUGCUGGCCAGUCGCACGAUGCUGGGGGCGCUACUGAGGGCCGGUCUGUUGCAAGGCGACGUCAAGGAUAUGAUAGCGGCGGGCUUGCACGCGGUUUUUCAGCCCCACGGUCUUGGGCACCUGCUGGGCCUCGACGUCCACGACGUCGGUGGUUACCUACCCGGUCACCCCGAGCGCUCGACCGAGCCCGGCCUUCGGAGCCUGAGAACGGCCCGUCCGCUCCUCCCCGGUAUGGUACUCACCAUCGAGCCCGGCUGUUACUUCAUCGACUGGUUAUUGGAAAAGGCCAAAAAAGAUGCCCGACAAUCUCAGUUCAUCGUGUGGAAGGAAAUUACACGGUUCUUCGGAUUUGGUGGCGUACGUAUCGAGGAUGACGUGCUCAUUACCGAGAACGGCAAUGAGAAUCUCACGAAAGUUCCCCGCACUGUUGAGGAGAUCGAGGCUUGGAUGGCUCAGGGCUGUAACAAAUUGCCGCUGCCAGAGGCUGUUCAAGCGAAUCAUCAUUAAAAAAUUUUGAACAAGUUGUUUCACAUGCAUGGGUUUCUGUAAACACAAGUUAUUAACGGUGGAAAAAUGUAAGCUUUGUGUUGAAAUCAGCUUGAAUGAUUGAUAAUGUUGCUAUACAUGUCGAAAAUAAGGGGAAUAUGUGCAAUGAUCGUGUUUUUCCAAUGUCCGCAUGGUAGAAAAAACACAGAUCAAAAUGUUUUCAACAAAAGUUGUCGGAAAAUAAAAACGAAGUAAUAUCGAUUAUUAAAUUCGAAAUGCAUGACGUGAUCGUCAAUUUUGUAUGAAUUAGUACGUCUAACAAGUGUACGCUAUUUCAUUCAAUACACCAAAAAGACACACGUGUCCCACCCGAACGAGAUUAAAAUACCAUAGUACAUUAUAAUUGAUGAAAAAAAAAAA